CACCUCCUUUCCCAGAUAACAGAUUGUUCUCGUGCGCGUUGUGCCUAAGAAAAUCAUAUGUUUACAUAUUUAAAAGGAUUAUUUUGCGAAACCUCGUGUUGUCUGUUUUCAAUUAACUGCGUGCUGUAAUAAUCAAUAGUAGUACCGGAGGUGGGUGUGGAACUUCAACUUUACUGUCCACACAGGGGUUGAAGAAGCCAUUAGAUAUGAAAGCCUUACAGACUGAUUUUAUUGGACAACAAGACUUUUUUAUCCAAGUAUAAUUAACGGAUUAGCAUUUGAUGGGCUAUUAUCAAUUUUUAUACAUCAAAGGAGCAACAGUUACAAUAGAAAUGGAAAAUCAAAUUACACAAGAUCAGGUGGUAACAGCAGACGCAAAACCACACACAGUUUCACUCAUCUCAGAUCAUGUAAACAGCAUUGAAUUGCAAAAAUCUUUCAAUAAACACUGGCAUGCCGGGAUCUCAGACAAAACAGAGAAUUUAGAAGUCAUAGCCAAACCAUUUCGUGUCUGCAGGAUCUUUAAUUUUUUAAACGAUAAUAAGUUCAUUCAAGAAUUAAAGGCAGAAUUGAAGCAGAUGAAUACGUCAAAGGCUAAUAUGGAUCUGUAUCAGUUUAAACAAACGGGGGAUUUUGUAAGCAUGGAUAGUCCGUGUGUAAAAGCAUUGCGUGAUACAUUUUUAACGGAACUUUCACAGUGGAUGCAAAACAAUACCAAAAUUGAAUUGAGCAACAAGUUAUCCAUGUCCAGUUCUUGGUAUCACGAUUGUGAUUAUCUUCUCUGUCACGAUGACAACAACGAGGAUCGCAGAAUUGCUUUUAUUUUUUACUUAAGUGAAGACUGGAAGGAUGAAUAUGGCGGUCAAUUAGCUCUUUUUGAUACAGAUGAAAAUGGCUUGCCCAGAAACGUAGUCAAAAAAUUAACACCUGCAUACAACUCACUAGUAUUUUUCGAGGUAGUUAACAAUUCUUAUCAUCAAGUACUGGAAGUUCUCACAAAAGAUAAAAGUAGAUGGAGUAUCAACGGCUGGUUUCACGGACCUUUGCCUGAAACUAUAAGUAGGCCAAAAAGGCCCAGUCCAAAGCUGUACUUUGAAUCUCUGUGGAAUCAAUACACGUUCUUGGAUUUUUGGUUGGACAAAAAUUAUCUUAGUAGAACCGUCGGACAUGAGAUUAACAAAGAACUCGAUGAAAGCUCUGUUGCUUUGUUAUCGAACUUUUUACAAACAGAUCAGUACUUGGCACUGAGCGACGACGUCAGAGACGAGAAUAUAAAGUGGACUAGAGUAGGACCACCUGAUAUUCGAAAUUAUGAAGUGGCUGACAUUGACAGUUUACCCAACGUUCUCAGGAGUUUCAUUAAUUUCCUCAAGUCAAAGACUUUCCUCACUUUGCUUCACUGGUACACAGAGUGCGAUAUAUUACCAGACAAUAAUUCAACACCAAAGAUAAACGUAGAGCUGCAGAAAUGGUCAAAAGGCUCUUAUUCACUUAUCGAUCAAAGCAGCAGUGAUGACAAAGCUCCCAGUGAGUCGGAUGAUACCCAUGAAAGUACUAGUAUAGACGAUUAUAUGGACAGUGAAUACGACGUGGAGGAUUUUUAUGAGGAUACAGAGGAUGUAAAUCAACCUUGCUGUAGCAAUAGCAAUCGAAAUGCUGGUCCAUCAAGAUCUCGCGACAGUAUUUCACGUGUAAAUAAUAAAGCCAGUGUCGAUACUUCAGACGAGGACGAGGACGGGCCCUCUGAAGCCAAAAAACAAAAACUUGAUCCUUACCUUUCAAAUCGAACGUACAGUGAAAACGGAACCAGUAAACUUUCUGAACAAUUAAUCAUAGAUACUCCUAGUAGCUCUAAGCCGUCGUCUACAGAAGUCGAUGAGACCAUUUCUGCUUCUACCAGCAAAGAGAGCCAAAAUGACAUCGAAAACCAUUCUGCUAUUGACAAGUCUUUGAAUGACGUGGAUAAAAAAUUCGACAAUGAUGAGCCUGCAAACGAGAAUCACGAAGCCACGAAAAAAGUUACUGACGAAGAAGAUGACUAUACUAAUCCAUUGGUCAAGCGCGGUGCAACUCUCAAAGUUGAAAAGUCUGUAAAAAAUUACGAGAUCCUCAUGUACAUGAUCAGAAAUAAAAAGGUUGUGCUUCCGUUUAAAGAUACCUUUAGAGAUUUGAUCGCUGAUAGGGAGGAGUUCUACAAGUUUAUUUUCAACUAUGAAUUCGAACUAGAAAAGGCCAAUCAAGCCUUUGAAAAUAUCAGUUUGAUCGAAGCUGAUAGCGAUGACUUGGAGAUGAUGGAGAGUUGCGAGAAGGUAGUGGAGAAGUUUAACAACGAAAAAGAAAAGUUUGAAUCGGUUAUCAAUGGCAUACUGGAUGAAUACGCAGAAAUAGAAAAAGAAAGUCUCGGUCCAAAAAAGGACAAGAAAUGUGGUGAGUUUGAGAUUCUCAUGGCGGAUCCAUACGAGGACAUUGUUAAGAGAGAGAUUGAAAAUACCAAAAACACCCGAACUUGUUUAAAAGUUGACCCAAAAGAUUUGCCAAAAUGUUCUUUGGAAGUGAUGAUGCCGUUCAAUCCACUGAUGGGAGCCGAAAAGCAGUACGUGUACUACAUCGAUCCGCAAGAGAAGGAUUCCAAAAAAGCCAUUUUGAUCAGUGUACCCAUGAAACCUAACUACCUCAGUAUCGUGUACAAAGAAAAGGACAUCUGUCACGUACAAAAGUACAUUAAUCACUACGCUAGCCACGAAUUUUACAAUCUGGUGAUUACCUAUCACGAGAAAAACGCCUUCAAUGCAGCUGAUCAACCCGUAGAUGGUGAAGAUGCCGACUGCGAGAGCAAUGAGGAAUAAAAUUUCUUUUAUACGAGAUCAAGAUUUUUUGUCUUAAAUAUUGUUUAAAUAAUAAUAAUAACUGUUUGCAUGUUUUACGUUCAAUGUAAAAAAAAAGUAACGCAUUCAACAAGUUUGUAAAGAGCAGUGAAUUAUUAAUUGCAAAAAUUUUUUAAAUAUUAGUGAAUAUUCAGGAUUGUUGAUUAUUUGUUAUAUAAUUUUGUAAGAAAUUUAACGCUGUGUAUAAUUGGAAAACGACGAUUUGAUGUAAUUUAUUUAAAAGUAGCGAAAAAUCGCUUUUGAAUACUUAUCAUUAAGCUAUUGUACGUAAGGUAGAUUUUACUUAAAUAAAAAUUUUCAGUAUUUGUGAUUAGUAACAUAAAUUUGUUGUCGAGCAUUUCUUUUUUAAAUUAACUUUCGUAGUUUAUAGACGUAACACUUUAGUAUUUUUAACUUACAAAGUUUCGUCAAAU